AUGCCUCCCCUCGCAGUCAAAAUAGCAGCACGGAUUAAAGGCCGGCGUCUCUCCGAGGAGGCGGACGUCUACGACCAGCUUUCGAGCUUACAAGGCACGAUCAUACCCCUCUGCUUCGGAUACUUCCGUCGCUUCGUCAACUUGCAGGAGAUGAGUCUCGCACCCUGGGAUCCCAAUUGUACAUUCCCGAGGUCAUUCGACAUCUACCAUAUGCCACACACCGACGCCAGCUUGAACAUGCUCCUUAUGGAGAGGAUGGGUACAUCUCUUCGGAAGACUCCGAGGCACAUACUACCCGAUAAUUUGUCUGAGCUACGGGACCAGUUGAUUCAAAUGUACAAAGCAGCGGGAGAACUCGGGUUCAACCAUAAGGAUAUCAAAUCCGCGAACAUACUGCGAGUUCUUGAACCAAGCGCGACGACUGCAGCAUCCGAGUCGGGCUACCUGUGGCGCCUGGUGGACUGGGAGGACUGCCACAAGAUGGAGAUGCCACUCCAGCGUCAAGUCAUCUUCAGUGAGAUCAAGACGGAAGUCAAAUGGAUGAUAGAGAAUGACUUGCGCGAUGACGGAGACGGGGAUGGAUCGGACACUGGUAUGGGCGGCAGCGACGACUCCGGGUGUGGCAAAGACGAGGCCUAG